CGUGUGGGCGGCUGGCGGUGUGGGCGCGGCGUGUGCGGCAGGCUGAGCUGCACCGCAGCGCAUACACUACAAUGGCUGCUGGAAAGAGGGGAAAGCAAACAAUUUCCAGGCCCGCCGCGUCCAGCCCGAAAUAUGGGGAAAAAAUUACAGAAAAAUCGGAGAACCCUGUAAAAGGCGGGAAGAGGGCGCUGAGGGGAUGCUGAGGCUCCCGCGCUCCUGAUAACCGUCAUUGCUUUCUUGAUUGAGACCAUCUGCCAAAUAGCAACGCUUGCCAGAGAACUACCAAGCAGAGGUGGCAGUGGUGAAUAUUGGACCCAUGGAGAUAUAAGCGGCACUUCCAUAAAACAGGCAGGUGGGAGUGAGAGUCUGGAACUGGAGAAAGGUGUCCUGAUAACCCCAUUGUUAUGGUCAGACCAUUUCUUGGUAAGCUUUGAUCUUAUAUUACCAGUUUCCCCUUCAACGAUGGGACCCCCAUUAAGAUCCAUGGUGAAACUAGAGGUACCUCAGCCCAAUGAGUCCCCAAAUGCAUGGUUUUUAUCCACCAUGAACUGUGCAUUCAGUAUUGUAAAGCCAAUUUUGUAGAACUCCCUUCUAGUUGAGAUUGAACAGGUGCCCUAUUGUUUUUCACAAGUAUAUUGAUUGGAUGGUCUAUAAAUAUUUGUUACAAUCCAGUGAAUUCAGUCCCAAAUUCCAUUGGAAUUGGUUUAUUUUGGUGCACAAUAACUCUGUUUUGCAAUAUGAUCACUUACAUUUUAUAGGUCAUAAAAACCAACUAAAUCAUUGUGCAGGUGAAAUGGUUUCCACAAGUGCAACAGUACUUCUCACUCUCCUCCCCCUACAACACCCUCUAAUCUGCUCCAGAGGGCUGAGGGAACCCCACAGAGCAGAUUUGGGAGGUAUUUGGAUGAAAGGGAAAGGAACUGUCAUUGCACUAACAGAAGUUGUUUCAUUUUUGCAGUGAUUUAGUUGGGUUGAAGCCAUGAAUUGGAAUCCAGUUGGUGCCCCUCCCUUUCACUUGAUGAUGAAAGAGUCCCUGUUUUGCCUGAUGAAAGAUUGUCUACAAUAGUACACGGUCUUAGGGCAAAUAAUUUUGAUGUGUUCAUUAUGAUCAAAGAAAUGUGUAUAAUUUUGACUGGUAUUGUGUAAUAAAUGAAUAAAGUGAGUUUUCCAAGGCUUGAAGUCCUGCAAAGUCAUGAAGCUUGUUUAAGUUAACUUAGGCAAGUUUUUCCUCUCAACCUGUGUCAAAUGUUUCUGUGAGGAUAAAUGAAUUUGGGGCCCAGCAUCCUGAAAUUAAGUGACAAAUCUGAAUUGGGUUGACAUUCCCACUUAUCAAGAAGCUCAUUACAGAGCAUUUUUAUUGUUAGAUUAUUCAGCUAUGCCACACUAUUCCAAGUGCUUUCUAACUUGUAUGCUUUUUAAUCAAGGACAGUGAUAACAUCAUGUAUGCAUACAAAAACCUGAAAUCCUAGAUGUCUUUCAGCAGGAAUGGGACUUGCGUUUAAGAAAAUAGUUCAACAUUCACAACCAGAUUCACUAAAUAAACUGAAACCUGCUACUUCAACAGAAACAAAUGUUUUUAUCCAAGUUUUAUCAAGCACAUGCCUCAAUGUGAGUGCUGCAAGGGCAUGAGGCUGCACCUUCUCUACAGUGAUGCCCACGUAGUGGAACACUUUGCCAGCUAAGGGCUAGACACGAGAUGUGGAUGUACUGCAGAUCAAGAGUUCUGAGUUCCCACUUGCCUGUGAGCUGCUACAUAUCUAGGCAAGUGGUUAUUUACAUGUCUGGCUUGAAAGAUCAGCAAAAAUGGGAAGCACUGGAUUCUGGUUUGCUCCUAGACAUGUCAGUGGAACUGGUUAAGACCAAAAUCUGAAGGUUUUUCUUCGUUAUCCAUCACCAGGUGUGCACUGAACAGAGGCUACCAUAAAUCUGUUUUGAGUAUGAACACCUUUUAAAAUGAUCGUGGUUGAGGAGACAUCAUGAUCUUGGGUUGGGAGCCAUUCCAUACUGCUAAAAGGCCUGGGGAGGAGCAAAGCAGGUGUGAGCUUCUCUCCAGGAGCCGUCACAUUCACUUGGUUUCAGUAAGCCAUAGUUUGCUUUACCAUGACAUGCAAACUACACCUCUGAGUAAAUCUUAUUACGGUACCUUCUAUGCUUAUGCUUGUCUUUCCUCAUAAACCUUUAGUAUCUGUCAGUUGCAUAUCUAGCCUCCAAUCUGUUUCCUUAAUAGCUUCUUUGGCCUUGCUAUCUAUGAUGUCAGCUUAGUUUUAAUAUUUGAAAAACAGUACUGUUAGGAAUAGAGGAUUGCAGAGUGCUCAUGGUUACUAAAAGCAAGGAUUAGAUAACUCUUGUAGAUGUUGACAUACUUGUGCCCAUAUAAUUCCUGAGCACUAAAUCACCACAGCUUGACUGUCAGUCAGAUCCUUAUGUAGCUAAUAUUAGGGUCUUCUACACAUGAUGAACAAUUGCAUGGUACAGACCAUUCAGCACUCUGGAAUGCAAUUUGAGGAUUUGCAUGAUUGAAUACAUCAUCGUAUUUUGAAGUCUCUGUGCAUAAAUAACUAUAAGGUCAGAAGACACUGAGUUAGAUUAGACAUUAUAGUUAUCUGUUCACAGGGACUUUUCCUUGGCAUUUUGUAUUCCGCAGGCAAUAAAAUUUUUAUGUAAGGCUAUUCAUACUUGCAUUUCCCCCAAAGUUCUGUAGUAGUAUAGUCAUGGGAGUGCUGUAUCAUGCACCAUUAUUUUUAGUCCAGUUUACAGUGCUGCUUCAGACUAGAUUCCUUUUGAAUUGUGUUUUUUUUUCUUCAGUAGAUGGCACUCACUUAGCAAUAUCACUUUGGUUUGACACAAGAUGAGAAACUGAUUUCUACAGAAAUAUAGGAACAGUUACUUUUAUUUAAGGCUUAGAUAAAUUCUUGCAGUACUACUACAUUGCCUCAAGAACCUCAAAAGAAUGGCAAGAUGUAGUUUCAGCACAUAUGUGGUUCUGUCCAUCCUGAGCAGUGAAUUAUGAGCUGUGAUAAAUAGCUUAAAUGAGCCUACAUAUAUUACAUUAGACCAGCUGAACCUAAUUUUAUAUAAGCUUUAUUCAAAAACAUCACAUAGCAAGUAAACUUCAAAAUUAAGUGUAGUUACAAAUAGUUGUUUCUUAUUUUUUUUUCCAGUCCCCUUUUGCUUUCUUUAACGACCACAUGAAACUUGAGAAGCCAUCUAAAGCUAAAUCAUUUAGUGGAGUUGGGCAAUUCCCAAGUGUCCAACAAGAAGGCCUGGUUUAGGCUGCGAUGGCCACUGUCAUUCCUGGUGAUUUGUCAGAAGUAAGAGAUACCCAGAAAGUCCCUUCAGGGAAACGUAAGCGUGGUGAAUCCAAACCAAGAAAAAACUUUCCUUGCCAACUGUGUGACAAGGCCUUUAACAGUGUUGAGAAAUUAAAGGUUCACUCAUACUCUCACACAGGAGAGAGGCCCUACAAGUGCACACAACAAGACUGCACCAAGGCCUUUGUUUCUAAGUACAAAUUACUAAGGCAUAUGGCUACUCAUUCUCCUGAGAAAACCCACAAGUGUAAUUAUUGUGAGAAAAUGUUUCAUCGAAAAGAUCACCUAAAGAAUCACCUACAUACACAUAAUCCCAAUAAAGAGGCCUUUAAGUGUGAAGAAUGUGGAAAGAACUACAACACGAAGCUUGGGUUUAAGCGUCACCUGGCUUUGCAUGCUGCAACAAGUGGUGACCUCACCUGUAAAGUAUGUUUGCAGACAUUUGAAAGCACAGGGGUGUUGCUGGAGCACCUAAAAACUCAUGCAGGCAAAUCAUCAGGUGGAGUGAAGGAGAAAAAGCACCAGUGUGAACAUUGUGAUCGUCGGUUUUACACCCGAAAGGAUGUCCGAAGACACAUGGUAGUGCACACUGGAAGAAAGGACUUCCUCUGUCAGUAUUGCGCACAGAGAUUUGGCCGGAAGGAUCACCUAACACGGCAUAUGAAGAAAAGUCACAACCAAGAACUUCUGAAGGUCAAAACGGAGCCAAUGGAUCUACUAGACCCAUUUCCUUGCAAUGUUUCUGUGCCUAUAAAGGACGAGUUACUUCCAGUGAUGUCUUUAUCUUCCAGUGAACUGACAUCAAAGCCAUUUACAAACACUUUGCAAUUAAAUCUCUACAAUACUCAGAUUCAGUCCAUGCAGAGCUCAACAUCUGCACACCAAAUGGUUGCCACAUCAUUACCUUUAGGAAUGCCUUGUCCAAUAGAUAUGGAAUCUGUCCAUCCUUCUCACCAGCUCUCUCUAAAAUAUCCACUCAGUUCUACCUCAUAUACAGUUUCUAUGACUGAUAAAGAGCAGCCAUUGAAAGGGGAAAUUGAAAGUUACUUAAUGGAACUGCAAAGUGGUAUGCCUUCUUCAUCCCAAGAUUCUCAAGCAUCUUCAUCUAAAUUAGGGUUGGAUCCUCAAGUAGGGCCACUAGAUGAUGGAUCUGGGGAUGUUUCCCUUUCAAAAAGUUCAGUUUCUAUUAGUGAACCUCUAAGCACCCCAUCACUGGACUUCUCUCAGUUAUUCAAUUUUAUACCUGUAAAUGGACCUCCUUUUAAUCCUUCUGUUUCUGUAGGAAAUCUUGGAAUGAGUUACACGCAAGAGGAAGCACAUUCAUCUAUGACGCACCUUCCUCAACAGGCACAAGAUCCACAUGACCCUGGUAAUGGUAUAGGUCUUGGGUCUUUGCAUUCAUUAUCAGCAGCUUUCACAAGCAGUUUAAACACAACCACAACCUUACCACGUUUUCAUCAAGCUUUCCAAUAGGGUGAAAAAUUGCCUUGUGACAGGUUUAUUUGUAGAAAUGCCUUAGAUUACUUUUAUUAAUGUAGUGCCUACUAUGUCAUUUGUAAAUCUACUUUUGUACAGUACCAAUCUCAUUAAGCCAGUAUGAAAUUCAAAUUAACUUUUAAAAUAUUUUGAAUGUGUUCAUUCACAGUUGUUUACUCUGUGUGUUUUUUUAAGUCUCUGUAUUCUCACUGCCAAUAGACCCACACUUAAAAAAGGAAAAGGAAACCAUUCCCACUAAAAGUUAUGUAUCCCUUGUUUAAAAAUUUCAUUAAGAUCUGAUAAUUCACUUUGUCAAUGGAAUUGUGGCUAUUUUGAUACUUUCAAGACUAGGAACAAAACAUUACUGUUAAUACAGAUGUCUGUGAAAAAUUCAGAAUAUUUUUGCCUUGUUCAUGAACUAAAAAUCAUGAUUUAUAAAUAAGGAAAUGUG